AUGUCCUACGUUCACACGGAGGGCCUCUCCGGCGCUGAAUACUUGGCAUCCAUCUACGGCACAGAGAAGGACAAAGUCAACUGCUCCUUCUACUUCAAGAUCGGUGCCUGCCGACACGGCGAUAAAUGCUCCAGGACACAUCACAUCCCGCAGUUCUCCCAGACGAUGGUACUCAAGAAUUUCUACCACAACCCCGUUGUCGACGUCCGUCAAGCGGACGCCUUUGACAAGGUCGGCAAGCGCAAUCAAAUGGAACAGGAGUACUUUGACGAGUUCUACGAGGAGGUGUUCACGGAUAUUGAAGCAAAGUACGGAGAAAUCGAGGAGAUGAACGUGUGCGAAAACAUCGGAGAGCACAUGGUCGGCAAUGUCUACGUGAAGUUCAUGCGUGAGGAGGAUGCCGAAAAAGCGUGCAAGGAUCUCAACGAGAACAGAUGGUUCAACGGCGAGCCCAUCUACGCUGAACUGUCUCCGGUGACGGAUUUCCGUGAAGCUCGUUGCCGUCAGCACGAGGUGACCACGUGCUCAAAAGGAGGCUUCUGCAACUUCAUGCAUCUGAAGGCUAUCAGCUCCGAAGUCGGAAGCAAGCUGUACGGACGUCGUGGACGUUUCGCCGACUCUGCUGGCCACUACCCUUCACGGAGAGAGCGUUUCGACCGGGAACGCGGUGGCGGCGGCGGCGGAUACGGAGGUGGCGGCGGACGAAACGACCGUCGCGACUACGAUCGUGGAGGAGACCGUGGGGAUCGUCGCCGACGUUAU